GUGACGUCUCGGGGUGGUAGAGGCAGCAGGAGCAGCAUCAGGAAGAAGCAGCAGCAGCAGUAGUAGUAGCAGCAGUAGCAGCAUCAGGAAGAAGCAGCAGUAGCAGCAUCAGGAAGAAGCAGCAGCAGCAGUAGCAGCAUCAGUAGCAGCAGCAGUAGCAGCAUCAGCAGAAGAAGCAGCAGUAGCAGCAUCAGCAGCAGUAGCAGCAUCAGGAAGAAGCAGUAGCAGCAGCAGCAUCAGGAAGAAGCAGCAGCAUCAGCAAUGGCGAGUCAGUCCCACGGCAUCCAGCAGCUGCUGCAGGCAGAGAAGCGAGCGGCAGAGAAGGUGUCCGAGGCUCGCAAGAGAAAGAACCAGCGGCUGAAGCUCGCCAAGAAGGAGGCUCAGGCGGAGAUCGACGAGUACAAGACAAAGCGCGAGGAGGAGUUCGCUCAGCGGCGCGACGCGGCCCUGGGCUCGCAGGGCGACGUGUCGGCGCGCGUGGACGAGGACACGGACCGGCGCCUGCUGGCGAUGAAAGACGGCUUCGGCGAUCGGCGCGACGUCGUCCUGGCCAGCCUGCUGGCGCUCGUGUGCGACGUGCACCCCCAGAUCCACGAGAACUACCGCAUCGACACCGCCUAGACGCGCGCCACCGGCGCCACCGCAGCAUCACCGCCACCACCAUCACCGCAUCAUCGCCACCACCACCACCGCAGCAUCACCGCCACCACCACAUCACUGCAGCAUCACCACCACCAUCACCACAGCAUCACCGCCACCACCGCCACCGCAGCAUCACCACCACCACCACAUCAUCACCGCAGCAUCACCACCACCACCACAGCAUCAUCGCCACCACCACAUCACUGCAUCAUCGCCACCACCACAUCAUCACUGCAGCAUCGCCACCACCACAUCACCACCGCAACAUCACCACCACCACCACAUCACCACCGCAGCAUCACCACCACCACCACAUCACCACUGCAGCAUCGCCACCACCACAUCACCACCGCAGCAUCACCACCACCACCACAGCAUCAUCGCCACCACCACAUCACUACAUCAUCGCCACCACAUCACCACCGCAGCAUCACCACCACCACCACAUCACUACUGCAGCAUCGCCACCACCACCACAUCACCACUGCAGCAUCGCCACCACCACCACAUCACCACUGCAGCAUCGCCACCACCACCACCACAUCACCACCGCAGCAUCACCGCCACCACCACCACAUCACCACUGCAGCAUCGCCACCACCACCACCACAUCACCACCGCGGCAUCACCGCCACCACCACCACAUCACCACUGUAGCAUCACCACCACCACCGCAGCAUCAUGGCCACCACCAGAUCACCACUGCAACAUCGCCACCACCACCACCACUACCACCACAUCACCACCGCAGCAUCACCACCGCCACCACCACCACCGCCGAACCACACCGCACACCGCCACUACCGCCUCCCUGUAGUCACCCUCACUGCACUACUACCGUCUCACUGUAACCACGCGCGUUACCCUGUAACCACGCGCGUUACCCUGUAACCACGUUACCCUGUAACCACGUUGCCCUGUAACCACGUUACCCUGUAACCACGCGCGUUACCCUGUAACCACGUUACCCUGUAACCACGCGCGUUACCCUGUAACCACGCGCGUUACCCUGUGACCACGUUACCCUGUGACCACGUUACCCUGUAACCACGCUCAUUACCCUGUAACCACGUUACCCUGUAACCACGCGCGUUACCCUGUAACCACGUUACCCUGUAACCACGCUCAUUACCCUGUAACCACGCACGUUACCCUGUAACCACGCGCGUUACCCUGUAACCACAUUACCCUGUAACCACGCACGUUACCCUGUAACCACGCGCGUUACCCUGUAACCACGUUACCCUGUAACCACGCGCGUUACCCUGUAACCACGUUACCCUGUAACCACGCGCGUUACCCUGUAACCACGUUACCCUGUAACCACGCGCGUUACCGCGUCACUGUGUAAGUGUUUAGGUCCAUUAUUUCCCUCCACACGCCACAAAGACAAAGAUCCCCCGUGUAGCCUGGGCCAAGUGCCGUUCGUAGCACCACCCCCGGCCGCCUUUGUCUCCCCAGUGGCGAUGUUUACACACCGCACCAGGUACUCAUUUGAAGCUGAGUCGACCUAAGGGAGGCCCAGGACCGGGUCAGAUAUUUGCUACUGAUGUUGGUCGUGAGCUGGAUUCGAACUCGGGUCGCCGGGUUUAUAGCGCAGUGCGCUAAUCGCUACACCACCACCACCACGCACCACCACCCCACCACCCCACCACCACCACACCACCACCCCACCACCACCCCACCACCACCCCACCACCACCACACCACCACCCCACCACCACCACACCACCACCCCACCACCACCACACCACCACCCCACCACCACCACACCACCACCCCACCACCACCACACCACCACCCACCACCACCACACCAC